AUGGGACGGAGACGAAUAGCCUUCGGCCCGAACUUGAACAAGCUCUCCGUUUUUCCGAGCAACCAUGUGUCAACAACCAGGUACAAGCUUUGGACCAUCAUUCCGCUGAACUUGUUCGAGCAGUUUCACCGUACAGCUAAUGUUUGGUUCCUCAUCGUGUCCAUCUUGCAAAUGUUGCCUUACAAGAUCUCGCCGACGACUUCUUGGGCAACUCUCGUGCCUCUGUGUCUCGUGCUCAUUGCAACUUUCUGCAAGGAUGCUUACGAGGACUUCAAGAGAUGGAGGGAUGACCGCAGAGUCAACCAGCAGCUGUGUUCCGUGUUCACUCCCCAUGUGAACAACCACACGCGGGAAUCUCGAGACAACUUCAAAGAGAUCGAGUGGUCCCAGGUGCAGGUUGGAUCCUUUGUCAAGCUUUAUCGAGAUCAACCGGUCCCCGCAGACAUGCUUCUCGUCUACUCUUAUCCAGGCACUGUCGCAUGCGUCGACACAGCACAACUGGAUGGGGAGUCUUCCUUAAAGUUGAAGCAGUGCGUAGACGAGACCCAUCAUAUGGUGAAAAAUACCUUGCUUCGAAGCGUGGAGGGGCACAUGGAAGCCGACCUACCGAAUGAGCUUGUGGGACGCUUCGAUGGCUGCCUCUACCUAAAAGGCUUUCCACGAGGAGUGCCAGUGGGCCUGAAGAACCUACUUCUGCGAGGGUCGACCAUCAGGAACACCAACUAUGUCAUUGGUCUUGUGGUAUACACAGGCAACGACACAAAAGUGGUGAGGAAUUCCAGCCGGUCGAUAUCAACGAAGCGCUCGCAGGUGGAGAUCAUGUCCAACAAGCUUCUGUUUAUUGUCUUCUUGUUGCUUUUCCUGAUAUCUAUCGGCUGUGCGGUUGCAAGAGCGAAUCUGCUCGAGGAUGCGGCUGGUUUUCAGAAUUUGCGCUGGGUGUGGAAUGGUGAGGCAGACAAUGUGGACAACGCGCAAGAUAGCCCCUACUUGGCCAUUCUAACAUUUCUCAUCGGCUACAACAACCUGAUCCCCAUCAGCUUGUACAUGACAACCGAUGUGGUCCGCGCGAUUCAAGCCUUCCUUAUGGAGAGGGACGAAAGCAUGCACUAUGCCCAGGGCGGCUCCUACUGCACAGUUCGCACCUCUGCUCUAUGCGAGGAUCUUGGAACAGUGGAUUUCGUUCUGACUGACAAGACCGGGACUUUGACACAGAACAAGAUGUGCUUCAAAGCCUGCUAUGUAGACGGCCAAACAUACGGCUACUGGUCAAAUGGGCAAGAUGAAAGCGGGGAUGGAGGGAGUGUUACAAUGCAGGAGAGCUAUGGAUACCCGAGUGACCAGAUCGAGAAGAUCCCAACAUGCAGCAUCUGCCGGCCCCUCAACCCUUCAUUGUGGGGAAUUCCCAGUGAUGAGGACCCUCAUUGGAGCUACAGUCUGGAGUCUUCUGUCCACAACUUCUUCUUGUGCCUCGCCACAUGCCACACCGCGAUGCCGGAGAAGACGAACCAUAUCACCUUCUCUCCGAGCAGCAAGCGCAAUUCACACUUGGAGACCUUGACUGAUAUCGAGUAUGUGAUGCAGAAUGACCCAGGCAUCAGGGGACUCAGCCAGCAGGAGGUUCGAGCACGCAUGGAUCUACUUCUUGAGGCCAACCAAACUCAAUUUCGCAGCCAAUCCCCGGACGAAGAAGCGCUACUGGCAAUGGCGCGAGACUUCGGCUUCUACUUCAAGAAGCGACAGGGCAACAAGGUCACGGUCAACAUCCGCGGGCAGGAUGUGCACUACACAGUCAUCAUGUGCAAUGAGUUCUCGUCCGAGCGGAAGCGGAUGUCUGUUCUCGUGCGUCAGUGCACAGAGGAUGGUGGUAUGCCUCAGACGUCACAGGCAAUGGCCAGCAGUAUUUUGCUUGGCAAUGCUGGUGUUAUGUCCAUGGAUAACCUGCCACCAGUGUCCGAGGGCAGCUACAUCCUUUUUGCCAAGGGUGCAGACUCUGUCAUGCUGGACCGGAUGCGGCAGCAAGACACGAAGCGAGCGACACCGGCGGUCAUGGCCGACUUCGAGGGCUUGGACGACAUGACGCAUGCGCUGCCACUGGAUCCAGAUAAAUCCAAUGAAGGCCCCAGCAGCCCCAAGAGCGACAGAGGCAAAACUCGGAAUGCUCGCAUGGCCAUGGCUCUAGCAGUGGGAUCCCACGGCUCCGAAGGAAAGCUUCGAGGUCCGAAAGUACCGUCUCCAUGCUCUUCGGCAGGCCUCUCCGCGCGGUCUGUGGUGCCAGAACCGCCUGUGCCCAGCGGUGCACCGGCGAUGCUGGAGACAGAGGAUCAUUCGAAGCUCUCCAAAUUGGAGCCGACGCGGAGUGCUGGGCUCAUGAGCUGGGCUUCGCGAAAUGGUCCUGGAAACACAUAUGAUUCCGGCGAAAUGGACGAGAGCAUGCGCAAGAAGAAGCUCCGUGUUGCAAGGGAGCAAGUUCGACACUUCUCCAUGCAUGGACUGCGGACACUGGUUUGUGGACAAAGGGUUCUGCCUGAUGCAGAAGCUGAAGCCUACAUCAAGCGUUGGCAGGGUGCGCGGACUUCCUUCUUCAAUAGGGACGAGCUGAUGAAUCGAGUCAUGGACGACAUGGAGCGCGACUUCGACUUGCUUGGCGUCACAGCCGUGGAAGACAAGAUUCAGUUUGGGGUGCCAGAGACGGUUCAGAUGUUGCUGGACGGUGGUAUCCGCAUUUGGAUGCUGACGGGCGACUGCGUAGAGACAGCCGUAAACAUUGCAAGCAUUUGCCGCCUCAUCGAACAGCACUCGCAACUCUAUUACCUGACCUGUGAGGAAGGCUCUGCCCGCGAGCAUGACUCCUCGAGUGCUUCAGAUCUAGAAGAGAGGUUAAGGUACAUCCAGGAGGAGAUCUUGAAUGAAUUGAGGCACGCUCGCGGCGGAGGUUUUCACUACAGCCUUGUUCUGAACGGCCCAGCGCUCUACGCCAUCCUGCAAGCACCAGACACACUCCUUCACAAGCUCUUCGUCACAGUGGCUUGCAACUCCUGCUCUGUGAUUGCCUGCCGCUUAUCUCCAGCGCAGAAAGCUGCCCUUGUAGAGCUUAUUAAGAAAGAUGUGCCUGGAAAUCCACUGACUCUGGCCGUGGGAGAUGGCGGGAACGAUGUCAGCAUGAUUCAGAAGGCACAUGUUGGAGUUGGAAUCGCUGGGGCUGAGGGGCGGGAGGCUGUGAAUGCCGCGGAUUUCGCUAUCGGACAAUUCCGUUUCUUGAGGUCACUCCUUUUCGUGCAUGGGCGGAGCAACAUCCGACGCAUUGGCAUGGUAAUCGGCUAUUCGUUCUACAAAAACUUCCUCCUUGUUAUCACCAUGGCUUGCUAUGCGCCCUUCACCGGCUUCAGUGGGACCACAUUCUAUGAUCCAUACCUGAUCAUGAUGUACAACGUUGUCUUCACGAACCUCCCUAUCUUCAUUGUGGGAGCGUUGGACGUGGAUGUCUACGCGCCUGCAGCCCUGACACUUCCGAAGCUAUACCUGUAUGGUGUGAAUAAGGUCUACUUCAACUACCGGAUGCUGGUUGCCUGGCUCCUGCGUGGAACCAUCCAUGCCUUGGUGAAUUUCUUCGUGGCUUGCGUCUUCUUGGGAGGUGGUAGUGGGGCUGCUGGGCCUUUCUCCGACUACUUGUCCCUUGGAGCAUGGUCGUACUGGAGUUGCGUGGUGGUCGCCAAUGCCACGCUCCUGCUGCACACACAAGUCUGGAUGGACUGGCAACUGCUCAUCUCUCUCGCCUCUGUGAUAUUCUUCCCUCCGAUCGUGUUGAUUUACUCCUGGCCCGUCAUGGCCAACAUUGUCAACCCAGCUUUCGUUGAGGUAGGCGCGCACCUUUUCCAAUCAUUGCCGGGAUGGCUAAGCCUUCUGCUCGUCUUAGCCUUGUCCGUCCUGGUGGAAUUGGCUCUGGAUGCAUGGCAGCGCAUCAACAAGCCAGACCUCUUGAAACGAACGCAGGAAUUCCAGCGCACGAAGACCUAUGCAGGUGAGGGACAGGAGUCUUUGCUACAAUCGACAUUCCGAGGCACGCAAGUGGUGACCGACAUGAGCCUGUCCCCCGUCGUUCCAGGGCACCGCCAGUCCCCUGCAUCUCCAGUCUCGCCGUCAUCGCCGACAGGUGUCACCCAUACGACUCGGGAUGAGCUCCUUUAUGCGGCGAACAUGAAGAUGGAGAGAAUGUUUCCAGCUGCCCUGGUGAACUCGAUUCCAUUCAGCUACAAGCGAAAUAACUACAACCAAGGUGACUUCCGAGCUGAGGCCGUGGAGCUGAAGGAGUUUACCAAGCAUGCGAGGCAUCCACCUACGAAGAAGCCUGGUCUACAGUUGAUCAUGGAGCGCCACCGCAGAGAGGACGAACUUGCUCCAGACCCCACCGCCUGCUGUGGUAAGCGAGCGAAGGAAUGGCAGAGGAUCAUCAGUCAGAUGCAGUGGUGCCAGAUAAGCUUGAUGUCCGACGUGCUGGGCAACAAGGCAUCCCAGGAGGAUCGAGAUCCGGCCAGCAAUGAAACACUCGCCGAGCGCCUCUCGAAGGUCACCGGCAUGGAGCCCGAACUCCUAGAUCUGGACCAAAUUGAUGAGCCCAAGCACGGUGCAAGAAGUGCCACCACAACUGGCCACCCAAUGGAGCACAAGGCGCAGUCCCGGUUCAAUGUGAAGUACACAACUGAGUUUGUGUACAACAUUUUCACUUUGAAAUUCAGAUCCAGCUUGCACGAACAAGCCUUCUGUCAGAUGUUUGACGAAGCCAGCCGCAACCAAUUCUUCGUGUCUGCUCGCGUCCUCACCGGUCUGCUGGUUGGCUUUCAAGUGGUCAAGCUGUUGGCUUUUGUGGUUGCGCCCACAGACUUCUCAGAAGUGGUCCUGGGUCUUGGGAGCAUUGCCGGUUUCGUGGUCGGGUGCGAGGCGCUGCUGCUUCCGCUGCGCUUCGAAAGAAUCAGUGCUUUCCAUGCGAGUUACCUGACCGUUUGCUGCUGCCUGCUCAUCGUGUUGAAGCAUGUCAUAGAGUUUCUCUAUGGCAUCCCCAGCUAUGUGUCGGAUGCGAUUAUGCCUCUUCUCUUUUGUGCUGGCGCACGAAUGCGCUUCCCACAAGCCAUCGGAGUACUAUGCCUGCACAUGCUGCUCUUGAUCAUUUGGGCCAACUUAUUCCUGAACGACCGAACAUGCACAGUGGGCGAUGGCUCCACACAAGUCAAUGUUUGCAACGAUGAAGGACGGCUCCUGUUCGAGUAUUCGACCAUCCAGUUCGGUUUGGUUGCAUUGGUCAGUGCCUACAUGUAUCUGUCGGAGCGGUUUGCUCGGCACAGUUUCGCAUGGGACGAUCGUAUUGGCAGGGCAAGAAACUCCGACCGCGAUCUUCUCAAAGGAAUGUAUCCCGAAGAUGUUGUGGAAGCUGUUCGGGAGAGCUUUCUUAGCAACCAGCAGCAGAUCAAUGUAGCAGAGCAGAAGGUCUCCAGCACUAAGACCAUUUUCCAAGAACGCGGCAUAGUGACCGUAGUUUUCAUAGACAUAUAUGCAUUCGAAAAGAUCGUGGCACAGCUGGCGCCCAAUGAUUUAGUGGAGCUGCUUGAUCGCGUCUUCACGCAGAUCAACAACAUUUGCCAGGAACAUUCCAUUCACAAAAUCGAGACGGUCGGGAAAACGUUUGUGGCAGCGGGCAUGGUCGACUUGAAGAAGAAGUCGGCUCGAAACACUGUCCAGAUGAAAGCUUUCUUGUGUGUCGAGGCUGCAAGCGCAGUUCUAAGGCUUUUCACCAGGUGCACCACUGGAAUGGAGCAGAUGGAGAAGCUAUCCCUCAAGAUUGGCAUCAACACGGGCCAGGUGAUCUCUGGGGUGGUCGGCUCCCAGAAGCCGCAAUUUGCCCUGUUCGGUGACACCGUGAACACCGCAUCGCGGAUGAUGAGUACGGGGAUGGUGGAUCACAUCCAUGUGUCUGCAAGCACAUACGAACAUGUUAAGGACGAGUCGCAAUAUUCUUGGUUGGGCAAGAAGACCACAGUGAAAGGCAAAGGUGAGAUGGACACCUACCUGUUGCAGCAUGAUGGGGCCCGCAGGAAACAAGUCUCUGCCGGUACCUCUCCUCUCAAUCGGGCCAAGUCUGCAGUCCGAGAGGGCAGCAUGGUGAACGUGGGUCCGGAGGUGCUGUUGACCACGGAAGACACGAGAACUUUUUGCUCGAUGUUUUCCCGUGCGAGGCUGAUAGAGGCAAUCCACAAUUUCGUUUCUUUCUGCGUGCGUGCAUAUGACCUUGACUGUCUAAAGACGAAUCAAGAGAGCUCGCUGCUGGCAUCUCUAAUGCUUUUUUGGUGCAUCUUCUGCCUGGAGUCGUUGUACAUCUGGAUUGGUGACACAGGCGAUCGUGCUGCCAAUCUCCAGCUCUUCUUCAACAUCCGUGGCCCGUUUGCGGCACUGUUAUUUGUGAUCAUCGUGCUAAAGUCUUGUUUGAUCUUGGGGCAGGGUUGCGGGCGCACCUCACAGAGUGUGGCUGCAAAUGAGAGGAAGGAACGCGAUGACUCUGAAAACAGGGCAGACGUGAGUGAGGCAGAUGGUACCGGCGGUACCGGCAUGGAAGUGUCGGAUCGGGAUGAUGAGGAGGUGCAACACAUGAACCCGAAUGCACAAAGACUGGGCUGGCCGAGCGAAGUCUACUACUUCGGUAUUGCAGUCGUGCUCAUCGGUGCUGGCUAUAUCUGUGCAGUUACAUCGUCUCUGUACGGUCUGGCCGACGGGCGCUUGGAGGAAGUCAGCUAUUGGAUCUACUUUGAGUCGAUGUUCUACCUCUCAGCCAUGAUGCACUUGAAUGUCUUGCGUGCGACCACUGCCGCUUUUACUUGUGGCUUGGCGAUUGUCCUUCCGGCCACGGUGCUUGGCGCAAUGGCUGACUUCCCUUCCGGGCUCAUCUACCCUUUUUUUGCAUUCAUCCUGCAGGUGCGCGUGAUCGCGAGUUUGAAGUGGUACCAGCUGAAGAGCCUGGAGGGAUUGAAGAUGGUUGAGAAGGAGCACAAAGAAUGCUACUCCCUGCUGAAUUCGCUCCUGCCUCAAGAGGUGCUGGAGUCAAUGCAGUCGGACAACUUGCAGCUGGCAUACACCUACAACGACAUGACGCUUCUCUUUGCCGACAUUGUGGGCUUCACGAAGUAUUGCGCCACGCAUCAGGCAAAUGAAGCCGUCAGGCUUGUCACACACCUGUUUGCAAGAUUCGACAACUGCUGCAAACUCCUCGGGGCAUACAAAGUGUGCACUAUCGGUGAUGCAUACCUGGCCGUGAAUGAGCCGAAGACAGUUCAUGAGGAUAAGGUCCUCGGGGCCAACCAGCUCCUCCAUUUGGCCAUGUCCAUGCUUCGGGUCAUCGUGUCUGUUCGAAACGAGGUUCAGCACGAAGGCCUUGACAUGCGAAUCGGCUUGCACCAUGGUCAGUUCGUGGCUGGCGUAAUUGGCAGCAGCCAGCUUCGCUUCGACAUCUGGGGCGAGGAUGUGCUCAUUGGCAACCAAAUGGAAUCAGAGGGUGAGCCCGGGCGCAUUUGUUGCAGCGCAACUUUUGUAGAGGUGAUCCGCAAUAAUUUUCAGCAGUUCCACUUCACGGAGCACAAAGUCAUUGCUUGCUCCGGAACGAAGCGAACCAUGCAGAGUUACUUGCUCGACGAGCCUUACGGCAUUGGCACCGGCAAGCCGAGCUCGCCGGGCGCAAAGAUGCCCCGGAACAGUGAGCGCAAGAGCAAGCGCAUCCGGUGA